UCUCGAGGUCGGUUCGUCUUGAAAUUGAAUCGCAGCAGGGAUAUUCGUAAUAAUUUAUUUGCUGAAUGUUGUGGAUUUUUCUUUAACGAGAUAGGGUUGUUGGAUAUUGGUUUGGGGUGGUGUGUGUGUUUGUUGUUUGGUAGUUCGGGUUUCGGGAGGUCCCAGGGGGUUUUUGAAAAAUUUGUAAGUUGGAGGAACAAGAAUCUUCGUCCGACUCCGAACCUGUGCCGGAGGAAGCGAUGAAAAUUCAGACGAAUGUUCAGACGCACGGACCAGUUCAUGGAAACUACUUGGUGCGCGUGCGUGCUCAGGUGAUGUCGCGCGACGACUCGUCGGGCGGCUGGGUGCCGCUCGGGGGCGGAGGCUUAAGCGACGUGUCGGUGAGGCGGCGGGCGCGACCCCACGGCGCCGGACCCCCUGACAAACCCAAACACGAUUAUCUCAUUUAUGGAAAAAGGAUCAGCGAUAAUUCCGUGGUGUUAAGUUGCACAAUAAAAAAGGAUUUCGAGUAUAACAAGGUGAUGCCGACCUUCCACCAUUGGAGGACCGGGUCGAAGAGGUUCGGGUUGACGUUUCAGGCGGCGGCGGACGCUAGGGCUUUCGACAAGGGCGUCCGGACGGCGGUUGAGGACCUUUUGGACGGUUUCACCACUACAUCGCCUUCAAUACCACUACCAAAAUGUCCACACGAAGCUGACGAGGAAGUGUUUAUGACCCUGGACUUGCCGAGGGACCCGAAGGACUCUAGGAGCAGCACGGAUUCGAACAGUAGCGGUAAGAGCGGAACGACGGAUCCGUUGAAAAGUAGGAUAACUUACAUUGGCAGGGAUAAACCUGUCGAACCACCUAGACAACCUGUGUUCGAGCCACCAAAAGGCGCACCGGAAUACGUCCAACUGCAGCCGAGGCACGAGUACUUUUACGUAGAGAAUCCGCUGAGCCAACAGCCGCCGCUGCCCCCCACGUGGGAAUCCCCGACUGCCUUGAAGAAGGCUUCGCCGCCUCCUCCGCCGCAUCCCCAACCGUUAUCGGAAGUGUUCAAGCCUAUAGUUAAGAGACCGCAGCACUGUAUAUGUCGACAUUGCAAUGAGCCUUUCACUCGAGAAGAAAACGAAAAAGGUUCCUGCAAGUACGCCCCUGAUACGGUGCGAUCGAUCGUCCAAUGGUUGUCCUGUUUGCCGCUGGUCAACUGUUCGAUGUACCACUGCGCCGCCGAUUCGGAGGGUGAUUUUCAACGGAAUCCGUGCAGGUGUCAAGACGAGGACGAGCCGUCGAACGUGUGCGCGCGCCGCUGGAUCGGCCUCACCUUCCUGUCGAUCGUGGUGCCCUGCAUCUGCCUCUAUCCGCCACUGAAGUUGUGCCACGUGUGCGGCGUGCGGUGCGGCAUGUGGGGCGGCAGACACAAAUCGGCCACGGACGGCGCAUGACCGUGGGAACGCGAGCUCAGCUCCGAGUUUAGUUUCGUUUAGGCGUAAGUCGAGUAGCGAGCGCUUCGAGGUUGUGUUUCUUUUUGCUCUAACUCUCUUUAUCUCUCUCUCAGUUUUGUUGAGUUGUUGUUGUUGUUGUUGUACCUGAUGCUGCGCGGGUGAUGUUCUGAGAGAAAUGGCCUUGUUUAAACUGUGAAUACCGAAAGUAUACGUUUGAUCCACUUAUAAAAACAAUAUUCGUAGUUGAACAAUAGCACUAAAUGUUCAUAACUUAAAUACUCUUUACAUGGGCGUUUCCGAGGAGAGGCAGAAAGGGUCUGUUAAUCUCCCUAGAGGAUAGAAUGCAAAAUCAAAAAAAGUAAUAAAAAUUGCAUUGGAAUUUUAAAAAUUUUCUUGUAAUGAGUAUUUUUAUUAGAAUAUACUGUAGUCGAAAAAAGUAUGGGAUCUUUUUAAGUGGAGCAUAUUUGGUUUCUGGCAAUUAUUGCAGCCUACACAUAUUCGGAAUAUGAGUUAUUAAAUAAAAUUAUUUUUAUUUUAAAAGAUUUUUGCUUUUAAAUAAUAAUAAAUUUUCAAGUAAAGGUUGAAAAUAAGUAUGGAAACUUGUAUUGUUACAAGUCAUAAACAUAAUCAUAGACACUUCUUUUUGUUGUGCUUUGUAGAAUAUCCUUUAGAGUCAAUCAAUUUUUGAAGAAUUUCUUGGGGAAUUUGCGAACCCUUUAAUUUUAUGAUAUUAAACAUUUGUCGUUUAUUUUUGGUAUCAGAAUGGGUACGAAUCCGGCGAUUUUAGACAUCCCGAAGAUGUUCAAUAGGAAUUAAAUCUGGGGAUUGAGUUGGCCAUUCAAGUAUAGUUAUGUGUUUUUUGUGAAACCAAUCUAUACCGUCACAGAAUGCUGGGGAUCAUUGUUAAAAAAUCCACUGCAAUUACAUAUUCUUUGCACAUGGUAGUUUCUUAUAUUUCUUUGUAUUGAAUGCGCUCCAUUUUAACCUUCACUUCAAAUCAAAUCGAAUAUUUAUUGGUAUCAAUACAUAAAAAAUGUGUAUACACGUCAACAAAUCAGAUAUAGUUAAGAUAAAAUAAAAUUUGGUUAAAAUUCAUUUUUAUACAGAACGAUAUUUCAUUUUUCUUAAGACCAAUAUGAGCUCUAGCAAACUCCAUUCGGACCUUGUAUUUUUCUUAGAUAAAAGCGGUUUUUUGACAGCAAUUCUUAUUUUACUUAAUUCUUUGCCUGGAAGUUUUCCUGGGGACAAGUCGCCCUCAAGUCAGUUGAGAUCCUUUAAAUAGUUUUGUCAUGCCACGACUAUCAUUUUUCUCGUAUAUUUUAGUUAUCGCACUUUUAGAUAUAUUUAGAGACAUUGCAAUCAACGGCCUAUUUCUUGUUAUUCUAAAUAAAUCCACAACUUUUUUGUUUUAAAUCACAUAAAAAAUAACGAUGUCUUGGCAUGUUAAUAAACUAACUGAAUUCAGUCAUUAACACGAUAUAUGCUCUGUUGUAAAACUAGGACAGAAUUCCUUAGAGCCCAGAAUAUCGAUAGUUUCCAUACUUAUUUCCAACCAUACAUUUCUUAUUGCAAAAAAACAGUUCUUGAUGAAUUCUUAAAAGUAAAAAAUGUAUAUCAGUGGCAUUCCUAUAUUUUAGUACUGUGUAAAAAUUAACUGUUUAUUCAUGCGAACGUUAUUAAAAGUUUCUGUACUUUUUUACACUACUUUAUCUAUGGGGGGUAGUGGGCAAACGAGUAUAAAAAUAGUCAAAAAUUUUAGUGCUGAUAAUUUUACGAAUUUAUCUAUUGUUUAUUUAGUUUUAUAGUUUAUUCAGUUUAAUAGUUUUGGCCUGGAGGUUAGAGCUUAAUGGUAUUAUUUUUAGACCACUUUUAUAGGUUUUUUUAAAUUGUAUUGUGAAAGUUUUUUAAGUAUGAGUUAUUCUAUUUGAUUCUCCUAAAAAAGUAUUUGUACUAAUACGACCAUAGAAAAUAAUUUUGUUUUAAAUUGAAAAAAAAAACUAAAAAAAAAAUAGUUGAAUUUACAUUAAACUAUCUAACGUCUGGAUAUGUGUCUGUACUGUUUUACUUGUAGGCAAGUCAAGAUAAAAUUGCCUAAAAGUUUGAGGUAUUAAAGGCAGCCGGUCCACUAGAUCAUUCUUGGUUUUUUUUAAUAUAGAUACCGUUUGUGAAUAACAUUUUUUGGGCCAUAAUAGGAGAGUUUAUAUACAAAACAGAGUUUUUGAAGAAAAUAGACUUAUUCAUGUAUUUAGAAGAAAUAUGAACUUAAAUCUUUAGAAUUUAAGUUAGUACUUUCAGAAUAUCAGAACAAGUGAUGUAAUGCAUACAAUGGACUUUUCUAUAUCCGUACCUCAGAGCAAAAGUGUAUUAAGUCACAAAUCAAGAAUUUUACAGGAGAGCGAAAACAAAACAAAAAUUGUGUUAAUAAUUUUAUUUUUCUGAUAGUUUAAGCAGCUUUUUUAAUAUUACUGACGAAUUUAAAUACUUAUUAAGGUCACAAACCAAAAUAAUUUUUUUGUUUUUUAUUUAAGUAUUACUUUUUGCAAAAAAAUGGACUUAAUACAUUUUUUCCAAUUUUUUUUUUAAAUAUCGGACUUAAUAUUUAAAAAAAAAAACAAAUAAUAGUUUACAACAAAAAAAUGUAUUGGCAUUUUCUAAGGAAACCUCUAAGAAAUAGGUUAUCAUGAAAACAUCAUAACUAUUAGGAAAAAAUAAAACAAAAAAAACUUUAAAAAAUUACCUUUUUUUAUUCCUCGUAAACUACAGCCACUUUUACUACUCUGCAUUAUUCUCUUGAAUGGUUUCCUUAUGUUUGAGAUUCUGAAAAAAAAAUAAUUAAACCUUACUGGCACCCACUUUAGAAGUUUUUGCAGAUCAUUAAAUUUUUUUGUGCUUAUUGGAUUUAAAGUAUCCCGUAAAUAAGACUACUGAAUCCUUCAUAAUUUUAUGACUUUUUCAAGCUGCUCUUCUAUUGAAGUCCACGCUUUGAAAUUCUUGAUCAAAAUUAGUUUUAAAAAACAAAAUACCAGGCUGAUCUUUCCUAACCUGCAUGAAUACUGUUUGGGAGAUUAAAAAUUUAUCGCCAUUUUGAGUUUUUUUGAUAUUUUGUAAUGGCGAAUCGGGUGAGUUGUACAUUUUAUUAAAAUCCUUAAAUUCAGUUGUUGCCAUUUCAAAUAUUUUAAAAUGUUUGUUUUUACCCUAGCGAAAUCCUAGCGAGCUGGAGCCAAUCCCAUGGAGUUAUUAUUUGAAAGUUUGGACAUUUUUUAGCUUCCCUUUCUAUUACUGAAUGCACAUUAUCCACCUCCAUGUGUGACUUAUUUCUUUGAUAUGGGGAUUUAAUGCAGGCAGAUAAAAAUAACACAUUAUCAUCUGUAAAUUGCGGUUUUGUGAUGGGCAAUUAUCAGUCCAAAUAAUUAUUGACGAUAUAGUUUUUGGUAAAGAUUGUAUGUAUUGGACUAAACGUAAAGCCAUUUUGUUCCCACCGCGCCCAGCAAUUGACUCAUCCCACAUUAGGCAAUUGGCCUGUUGUUCGGUUGAAUCAUAAACGGUAUAAUUAAAACACCAUAGCUUAAGACUAUAAAAGCUCUGAGAAUUAGUAAGCUUAGGACAGGGAAGGCAUUUUUGUAAGUCUAUCAUUAAUACUUUUUGUUCUUUAUUAUUCUUUGACAUAUCUUUGUCUGCCUUCUUAAGCUCAUAUCUUUUAUCUGCUUCCAAUAAGUGAGAUUCAUACUCAGCUUGUAAAGUUUGCCUCUCAUCUGCAUUAUCUGACUGUCUUAGAUUAAUCAAAAACUCAUCACACACAUCGCAGGUCUCUUUUGAUGGAGGGGCAAAUGACAAAUUAAACUCAGUGUUAAAAAUUUGACUGUAGAGCCAUUCUUUGCCAACUUCUUCAGGUAAAAGAUUUUUUAAAUCACAAUCUUCUUUGUACAUCCUAUACAUUGUUGAAAUGUUAAGAUAAUUUCCCAAAUAUUUUUUUGCGGUUCUUCUGUAGUGGGAUUCUUCACAAGGAAAUGAUGCGAUAUGCUCUCGAAUGUGAUUUUUCACAUCAUCACUAAUUCUAUUAAUUGAUGGCUGCUUUCCUCUUUUGUCACAUUUAACAAUUCCACUGGAUUGGCGUUUUUGAAGUGCACACCUGUAAAUGUUUGGGAUAUAUCUAAUGUACGCAAAAAAAAAAUGUUUUGCAAACUUGAUAUUUGUUGCUGUUAAGGGUAAAAAAAUAUUUCAAGUUGUACUGCCGUUUUCCAGUACGACUUCCUGUGCGUUCUCUCUUUCGUUCUAUAGAAGUCAGUUCAAUGCAAGAACAUAAAAAUUGUCGUUUUUGAUCUAUAGUUGUUUCUUGGUUCCAAAAUUCUUGAUUUAUCUGAAUUCUUUAAGGACCCGCAAUUUUUUCAUUGCAAGAUUCUUAAACUUUCUUUUCUUUUAUGAUUUUCUUACUCUUUGAAGAUUUAUACUUUUCGCCAGCCAUUCUCUCCUUUUUUCGCACAUUUCUUUGCCAAGACGAUUCAUUCCUUACGCGCUUCUUUCCUUUUUUUUUAAAUUCUUUUGGAAGAAGACAAUGAUUCUUCCAUAAUUUCUUCUUGUUGAUUUUCGUCUGUGGCCACCGAUUCGCUAUCACUGUUUGAAACACUACUGGGAACAAAGGAACUACCUGAUUCGGCAAACGGAUCUUCUUCGUCUUCGCCUAUUACACGUGAGGACUGCGAAACAUGUGACAAUUGCAAAAUUUCUUCAAGUCCUUGAUUCGCGGUUCUGCAAUCCGCUAUAUGGCUAUCGGCAGGAUUACUAUGAUUUGUACAAAGUUGUAAGAUAUAUCUAAAAAUUGCUGUGUUUCAUUGUUUUCUCUCUGCUGUGUUUUAUUCUCGUUUAUUGUUUCAUGUGGAUUUGGAUUAUCAUCUCGGACAUCUAAAAGAAAAAAAAAAACAAUUAAAAUAUUAUAGGCAAUAAAUAUUAACCUUCGACAAAUAAAUUACCCUCGAAGAUUGGCGACUCUAUUUUCGCUGGGACUUGGUCACUUACAGUAUGACUCUCUUCUUCAUUUUCAUGUAGUGGAGACCCUACAAAAAAAUACUAGAUACCUUUUGCAACGCUCAUUUCUUUAUCUUCUAAAAAAUAAAGUGGUGAGGGAAGGAGCAGAGAAGGAACUUACGUUGGGAGCAUUCAUAUACUUCUACAGUGUCACCACCGUAAUGCUCAGGGCUGCUAGGAUUGUUUAAUGCCAUCCAAAGUAGCUUUCGAGAUCUUUCCCCCAUUUUUAAAAUAUCAAGUAGGUAGUCCUGCACUUAACACUAGCACACUUAGACUUAUUUAAUACCAAAAGAUCUAUGCUUAUAACCAAUAAAAGCAAUAAUUUUAGGUUACCGCAAAACUAACAAAACACGUGUUGACCUGUUGACUAUAAACGCUGAAUGAUAAAAAGCAACAAAUCAAAUAGAAACAAACGUUUGGACUUAAUACUGUUUUUCUCUUAAUGUUUGGAUGAUAUCAUCUUGGACUUAAUAUUAAAAAAUAAAGAUAAUACUGUUUUGCUCUAGAACUUGGGCGGACUUAAUACGGUUUACAAUAUGCUAAUUUCGCUAUUCUAUGUCCAAAUCAGCAUUGGAUUGAAUGUGCAAAAAGAGCGGGAAAUUUAAAUAAUAUUUCUAUAAAAACCAGAAAAAAUGUUUUUUUUGGACUUAAUACACUUUUGCUCUGAGGUACAGAUAUGAUUCUUUAUUUAAUGAUGGGAGAUUCUGAUUCGUUUGUGCCAUAUUGUGGUCAAAAGCCAGCCUAUCCCUUUGGCUAAUAAAGGUCCAGUUUCACUUUUAAUCUAUUUGCAAUGAUUCGGGUGAAUAGUUUGUACAUGUGAGACUUUUAGGGCAGUAAUUUGCAAGAUUGGUUAUGUCAUAUGUUUUAUGUAUUAGAGUAAUGGUUGCAUUGUUUCAUUGUUAUGGUAUUUUUCUUUGUAUAAGACACUCAUUAAACAGAACUUAAAUAGUUUGCAGUAGCUUUUGGCCACCCAGUUUAAGAGCUUCAAUGACCACUUCAUUUUCUCCACGGGAUUUGUUGUGUUUCAUUUGAAAAAUUGCCUUCAUGAAUUGUAAUUUUUGGAAUUUCCUCUCCAGUUUUCAGUACUUUCCAGGUUUUAUUUUCUUCGAUUAUUUUGGUAACCAUUUCACUAUUUAGGCAAUUUCUGGUGACUUUUAAAUAGAUAAUAAUAUUUCUGCCCAAAUUAAGAUUUUGUUCUCAUAAUAAUAUUAAAAAAUGAACAAGUAAAUAUUCAAAAUUCAUUAUCUCUUAAACUAUUGUAGAUAUUGAAAAAAUGUUGACUCCUUACUUUUUGUUCAGAAAAUUACAAAAAAAUAUAUAGGGUGUAUACUGCAAGUAGUAUUCAAUAGUUUGAUAUACCCUUUUAACUAUAAAACAUCAACUAAUUUUAAAAUUAUAAAAUUUUUUUUGACGCGUGGUUUACACCCAUAACAUACUGGAUGUAUAAAUACUAUAUGUUCGUAAAUACUUACUCUAAUAAAAGAUUUUCCUCUUGUUAACACGUACCUAUAAAACCAUUUCUUUACCAGAACAUCACCCCCGUCGAUUUUAGUUCAAUUAGACCAAAGUCGUUGCGGUUUGACAAUUUUUUUACUGCCAUUUCGUCUUAUUUAUUUUAAACGUAACUAAACACUGAGCUUUGUCUCGUAUUAUAUUUUGUAAGUACAAAAUAGUUUAUUUGAUGAUAAUAUAAUAUAUAUUUUUUUAUUUCGCCCCCUAUGGUUGGUUAUUUGGUCUAAUUCGACUGAAUUAUUAAUUUGAGAUUUGUCAACGGGUAACAAGGAUAUAAUGUAAUUUAAAUCAAUGUUUUUUAGCAAUAAGAGGCCAAAAUUUGUUACCUUGAAAUCUCCCCCUUGUAUCUCUCUCUCUCUCUCUUAUGAAUAAAACGUAAAUGAAGUAACAAAUAUAUAACUACUUUGUAUGUAUUUAAAUCGGUGAACGUAUAUAUUUAUUUUCAAACUUAGCUUUUAUGUUUAAAAAACGACUGUGAUUUAAUGUUAAGAGUUUCUAUACGAUAGUUUAGUACACUUAGUUGGUCUUUUUUUUCUGAUUUAACUGUUAAUUAAAGCAAAUAAUUAAAUUCAUUCAUUAAAAAAAUUACUUACAGUACGUUUCCGCUUCUAACUGGUUUAUAAUUAUUAUGAUUCCAAUACUGUAUAGCAUAUACGGUUCUAAACUAAAUUAAUAUACAAAUCAGUGUCCAACUGAAUAUUAUGUUUUUUUUUUAUGGACGCUGCAUAGUGCUCAAGGUGUAGUGUUGUAGGUUGUGAACACUAAAAAAAAACACUUUUGUGAUUUUCAUUUUUUUUUUUUUAAUAAUUUAUUAUAACGGACUCCUUCAAGACUGUACUGUCACUGAUGUUAUGUAAGAAAAUGUUAGGGAUGUUUUUUUAAAUUUUCUUUAUAUUUACCGGUUUUUAGGCUGUUACACAUUUGAGGGAGUUCUUUGGAGAUAUUUUUUUUAAAUUUCGCUUUUUCCUGUUCAACUUUUACCUUUAUUUCCCAAUAUGCCCCUUGAAUUUGUGACAGCCUGCAUAUUUGUAAAAGGUUAAUGGAGGUAUGUACUAAUACAAAACGAAAAAUCUCUUAUGUAGGUAGUUAUAAAUCCUAAAUGUACCAUCGAAAUCCCCAUUUUUAAUAUUUUUCCUAAUUGUUUUCACAUAUUAUUCUCUGUCUGGUUUAAUUCAGGACUUGCAGCUGACCAUCAUAAUGUGUUCUGUAAUGGAAAAACUCUUUGUUGUCUCUUAAUCGAAACUACUAUUCGAUAAUAAAAAUAAUUAAUAAAUUAAACGCGAUACACUUCUUGGAAAACAUGAUAAUCUAAUUUUCAUAGAAUUUUUGGCAUUUUAGUUCCUAUAAAGCACCCUCAAAUCACGCCUUUAAAUCACAUAGUUCGGAUUGGAAAAUUGUCUAAAAAUACUCUAUGUUCUUACAUGAAAUUAUUGGGAAAGACAUGUUUUUGUUUUGAGCAAAACUCUUUUAAAAAUAGUGAAAAUUUGCAAAGAAAAAUGUAAUAAAAAAUGCUUCAUUCGAAACUUCCCGAAUUUUAAUCUAAAAUCAUAUUUUUACUCUGACAUCGAUCGUCAUAAAUUCCUCUGUAUUAGUGUCAAAAAAUUUGAACAUAUUUUAAGUGAUUAUGUCCAAAAAUGUCCGCUAAUGACGUUGACAACAUUUCCUGUAAUUAAAAAAUUUAUUGAGGUACAAGAAUCUUUCAUGUAUAAAAGUAUUGGAUGAGAAAUGCCUUUUCUUUAAAUAAAAUUCUUUUAAGAUUAUUCUACUUAUUCUGUGAUGAUUAUAUUCACGGAAAUUUUUUUUUAAAAAUACAAUUGCAAGAUCAGUGAAUAACGUACCAUCGAAACCCACAAUUUUAGUAUUUUUUCCAGCUAUUUUUAUAUAUUCUCUAUAAGGCUUAAUUCGGGACUUACAGGUGGCCAUCAUGAUUUGUUCAGAAAUGAAAAAAAGCAUUUGUUGCCUCAUAGUUAAAUCUUACGUUGCAAAAUAAAAAUAAUUGAUGAAUUAAAUUUCAAAUUUUCCUAGGAGAAUUUUUUAGGCCCUAAAAAGCCUGAUCAUUUUGUAAGAAAUAUAAAAGUUACCAUAGAAUGGGUAUAUUUGCAACAUACAGUUUAUUUUAGUGGUACUUGCAUUAAGUGAAAAAAACUACCCAGAUUUUUAAAUAAAAACACUUUUCCUCUUAAAAAUCAACGAACUGAAAAGCAUGUUAGGAAAUAUUGAAUUGUUGAACACUUGAUAAAUCAUCAAUUUCCGGAUGUUUAAAGGUUUUUUUGUCAUUUUUUACCUCGCUCUUAGAAACUUAAGGUAUCACUUAUGUCAUAUAAAACUUCCUUCAUCAAAUCUUCAUGAGUAAUCCCCCUCAUUUUUAUUUUUCUCUCCCAUUUUCAGAAUCUAAAUCAUGAACAGAUGUACAUAUCUGUGAAUCGCUGGUCUCUUGCAAAGUCCUGAAUCUCGGAUUUGUUGCUUCUUUAUUCAAGUCAUUUUCACUCUCUUAAUCUCUUUAUUAUGCUUAUUUUCAUCUGGAAAACAGUCAGCUGUAAAUUUAUAGGAGUGUAGUGAAACGCCCUUUCAUUUACAGGGGAAUGGUGCCAAUCUGCUAGUCGCUUCAGCACUCAUCUAUUCAAAUGAAAGAUUGCCACUGCUUUAAAUCCUGACACCAAAUUUUCUGCUUUAACUUUUUUAAGAGUUUAUCUUAAUAAUCUUGGAAAUUGAGACUUUUGUCCUUUAAUUCCAUGUCUGACAGGAAUGCAUAUAGUUAGAGGGCAAUAAUAUGAAACUAUGUAGUUUUAUGUUCCUUAAAGGUACUUAAUAGGCGCUCAAUCAGAAAUAUCGUCUAGUAUGACUUUAGGUCCAUCUUUAUGUCGAAAAUAUCGCAGAGAAAAAAAAUCAGAAAAAGAACGUCAUUUUGUGCCCAUAUUUGGAUAUUGAAUUUUCGUUUGAUAUGCCUUGCAGCUGUCUUGGGAAUUAAUCCAUUUAUCUUUACUAUUUACUAGGUGGGUUAAAACUGAACUCUUGUGCAUAUUUAAAAAAAAGUCUUUCCCAAUCUAAGUUUGGCAUAUUGUCUUUACUUGUCCUAAACACCUUUGCGGUCCAAGUCCUGUUUGACAAUUUAUCAUAUAUCAUAAGGAACUUCCACUGUACAACCACAUGAAUAUUAUUAACGAGUAUAUUCUCCUCUUCCUUGUAUUUACUCUUGAAUCUUGUCUUCUUCUUGUUUCUCAGCCAUUUUUUGUUGUCCACUCCUCGAUGUAGGCCUCCUUCACUCUUGUCCACGCUGUUCCGCUCCACCUGACGCCACCUGUUUCCUGCAAUACGUGUUAAAUUACUUUACGUGAUUUAUUUGUUCCUUCUACUUUCCUUAAGACUGAUGCCAAGCGUCGUUCGCUUCAUCCUUAGCUGAUUGGAGUUUUUUUUUAGUGCUAUGGUUUCCAUCCACCACGUGUCGCUACUAGCAAGACACAAGUGUCAAAAACUCUCCUCAUAAGAUUUAUACGGCUUUCACAAUUUUUAAAUAUAUAUUUCAUCUUCCUGGAGGGAUCCUGGUUAGUCUUACUCUUCCUAUUAUUUUUGCUGUUUGAUUUUCCUUGCAUAUCAUACAUUUUCCAGUUUCUUACUAUCUAUAUAUAUGUCCUCUGCGGUCUUACUGAUGAUUUUAAAUUUUAAUUUUUAACCCGACAUUCUUCGACGCAUUAUUCAUCAAGUUCUUCCAGCAUAUCAUUCAACUGCCUGUAAUAAUAGAAAUAGUUUAAUUCCAGGCAGUUGAGCCAUAAAUUCUUGUUAUAUUCAGACAAUAAAACAAAAUGUUCAUGUUUUUUCAGCUCCACGUAGUUCAUUAUUCCAGGCAGGUACGUCAUAAGUUCUGUCCAGAAGUAAUUUCUCUUAAAUUAAAAGUAGUUGAGUGGUUAAACUUUUUUAACAUCUUAGACAGCUCAACUGCCUGCAAUAAUAGCAGCAGUUCAAUUCCAGGCAAUUGAUGAAUUAAUUUUUUGCAGGCUGUAUUAAGUAUUGUUUUAAUUGACGGACAUUUGUUUUACGUGGGGUUUAAAAUAAUUGAAUUUAAGUGUAGUAGUAUGUAAGAUUAGUACCUGCAAAAAAUACUAAAUAAUUUGGGAAAAUUCUGCAUAAACUAGUUUCAUCCUUUCAGCCAAAUUGACGUCCUGCAUUGGGCGUAAAUGGCACAUUACAAACUUAUAUUAAAAAAUUUGAUUUUAGAUAAUUGAAUAGUUUGAUUAUUUAAGGCAGUUAUAGUUCUUGCAUGUUGCUGCUUAUAUUAAGGCUUCGGUAAAUCGAAGAAGGUGCAAAAAGGACCCGUUAAUAUUUAUGCCUUUAAUUUCUCAUUGUGUUGAUUUAAAGGCAUUUUCCAGCACUAAGGUGAAUAGUUUUGGGGAUAUGAUAUCGCCUUGACGUACUCCUCAAUUUUUUUUUCAAUAGGUCGCCUAUAUUUCUUAACAAAUUACUUUUUGUUUAAUCUGAUAUAAAUAUCUUUGAAACCAAAGUCUGGGCAGGAGAAGUAAUGAAAUACGAUCCAACCACCAAUCCCGCCAAAUUUUUUGCAAUGAUUUAAUUGCACGAAAGUGAAGCGACUAGUUCGUACUAAACAUGCUGGCAAUAUGGGUUUUAAGUAGACCCACUUUAAGGUACUUUUCUUGGCAAGGCCCAAUUUCCAUUUGCAAUUCUGGCUAAAAAAUCAACUAACAUGUGUUUGUAUUACCCUUUACUCUCCAUCAACCUUUUACAUGAUUUCUUUUAUAUUUCCCACAUUGGACAAUAUUAACAAUUUUUAAGUUUUCCUUCAGUUACAUUGUUAACACGGUGAGUUAAAAUUCUAUCUAGCUAUUUAAUUAUUGUUAAAACUUAUUCCCAGUGCCCGGUUGGCCUUACUGAAUAUCACAAUAGAUCUGCAAAGAAUCUGUAUAUUUGUAAAUAUAUCUGGUGUAUGUCUGGUUAAGUUAACCUGACUUGGGAAUAACGUCGCUAGGUACUGCCAAAACUACUAAAUGGUUAAGAUAAGUGACAAAAACUGUAUAUAAAUCCUUUUUUUUUGGCACAUAGUACCGACAAUACUUGCUUGUUGUAAGGUCAAAAAAAAUAUCCCGAAUGGUCAGUGUUGUUACAUCAAACGUAACCACACUAACUGUAAUCGACGAUAAUAAUAUCAUAGUUUAAAAAUAACGUUUUUAAUAUCAUAGAUGAUGUACUGAUGUGUAUAUAACUGAACAACUUGUAUUGUAUAACAAAAAAAUAAACAUGUUUCCUUUUAAAUAAUUAUAAUUAAGACGCUGCUCGGUUCUUUUUUACAAAUAUUUUCCAUUAAACGUAUUAUAUCAUGUCCACUACUGUCGGUUUCCUAUAAUAAAUUUAAUAAAUUAAUCGAUUUUUUGCACAUUAUAUUCAAACCAUUUUACUUAGAUAAAUUAUUACUGUCAGAUAAUAUUCUAAUAAAAUUAUUGGUAACGUGUAACUUGAAAUUUGUAAAUAAGAAUAAAUGUUUAUUAUAAAAUUGU